ACAGAGCGUCGGCUGUGCAGCCUCCCUUCCUCUCUACUGGCCCCAACCUUCAUUCGCAGGCCGGGUGCGAUCCCAGCAACGAACCUCUCAUACUAGUGAAUCCUAGGAAACAUUGGGUUUCCGCUUCACAAUCCCCGUCCAUCCUUCCAGUAGACGACAUUUCGCGGACAUUAGACUCCUGCCGCUGGACACAAGGCACACACAGACGUCGAAACGAAUAAGAAAAGCACUGGGAAGAGGCGCAAAGACAAAUUUCCAUACUCGAUGACAUUACAUCGCAAUGUCCGAUCGUUUGGGGCAAAUAACCAAGUCCAAGGAUGGGAAAAGCAAGUACUCCUCACUCAGCCUGUUUGACAAGUACAAGGGAAAAUCAAUAGAAACUCAGAAAAACUCAGUUCCGCGACAUGGCUUGCAGAGUCUUGGCAAAGUGGCCGCAGCCCGGCGCAUGCCCCCGCCCGCUCACCUACCGAGCCUGAAGUCUGAAAACAAAGGAAACGAUCCCAACGUGAUUAUUGUCCCGAAAGACGGCACAGGAUGGGCAAACAAGCCAGAACAACCCGAUCAAAAGAGUUCUGUUGCAUCAAUACCUCAGCUGCCGGAGUCGCAGCUGCAGCCGGCUUCACAGAAAUCUGUCUCCAAUCUUCAGAAGCCUCCCCCAGUAGCCAACCCGGAGAACACAAACACAGGUGGACCAAAGCAAUGGGCCCAGCUAAAUGGAAAGGCAGUAGAGCAAGAUGGUUCAAGGGCCUUAAACCGACUUCAGCCCUUCUCUCACGAGGAAUUUCCCACACUGAAGGCCGCUGGAGAACAGGACAAGGCUGGCAAGGAAAGAAGCGGCUACGAUCCGUCGUAUGGGCCCGGACCAAGCCUCCGCCCGCAGAAUGUGACCAGCUGGAGGGAGGGAGGCGGCAGGAACCUCCAGCCCUCAUCCCUGACCCUCGGCUCGCCAGUGGAACCUGAGGGCAAAAAUACCGCCCCGGGGGAGACGGGAACCCCUCCUGCCGCGUCCCACCCCUCUUCCGCCACCAGCGCCGCCUCAUCUAGCGUCGUCGUGGCAGCGGCGGCAGCGGCACAACCGCCGAGCGCGGACCCCAAGGAACCCUCCCUGCGUCCCGCUCAGCCUCUGCGCAGAACAGCGGUGCCGUCAGCCCUGCAGCAUCAGCUCCACCACACUUCCAAUGCCGUCUACCAUGACAUGCUGCCCGCUUUUAUGUGCUCCAAAGAGACGCGUGAGAAUUCAGGUACAGACCACGUGUCUGCUACUGUAGCGGCACCAGCCCGAUUCGACAGCAAAUCCACUUUUCGACAGACUUACGCUAAACCUGAACUUCUCAAUGGUGACAUUCGAAGAGAGAACCGAUUUGUCCGCGGGCCGCACCGACUCUCCUCCCAGCCGAUCCGUCGACCCGGCGACCGACCACAAAGACCCGCCAUCAUUAACCCCGAAGACCUGAAGGAUCUGGAUGACCUCGACAAUGACUGUGAAGAUGGAUGGGCUGGUCUCCAUGAAGAAGUUGAUUACAGUGAGAAGCUCAAGUUCAGUGAUGAUGAAGAUGAACAUUCAGCCAGUGAUAAAAACAAGAUGUGGGCUGAGUGGGACAGGGAGAAUCGACGCGACUGCCCGUCAUCACUCAGCUUGAGUGAUGGCCCUGAAGAGAAUUAUUCUUACCAACACCAGGAGCCUCCGAGGAAGACUAACAGCAGAUAUCUCUCUGCGGACCCCCAGUCCCAACAGAAGAACCACGGCGAGCCGGCGCUUGACCCAGAAGACCACCAGCGGCAAUCACAGCCCCCAGCGAGGGCAAAGUUUGUGUCACCUGAGCUGUCUGAGGCUGUGGAGAGGGCCCGCAGGCGUCGCGAGGAGGAAGAGCGGCGCGCCCGCGAAGAACGCUUGGCGGCCUGUGCGGAGAAACUCAAAAAGCUGGAUGAGAAAUUUGGCAAGACUGAAAGGCAAGCCUCAAGUACGGAGGACGGCCACAAAGAUGGAGAGGGCAAAGAAAUCCCCUUGUCUCCCAACAGGGAUCCUAAUAAAGCCCACCAUGACAACUGCGUGUACAAUGCAAAAGAUGAGUGCUCCUCUGACAACUCCCCCAGCCCGAGCUUCCGCGAGGAGCUCAUAUUCCCCGCUUAUCGCAGCUGCGAGGAUGACAUCCAGGAGCCCUCUUCUCCUUCUGGAGAUUACAGCGGACGCCAUGCCGCAAAGCCUGUUCCGCCCCGCUUUCAGAAACCGCCCCUACAGCACCAGCAGCAGGAGCAGGUCUACAAAAUACAGCAUUGGCAGCAGUCGGGCCAUCAAGCUUCAUCUGGCUCGAGCCACACACAACGGGGCUACUAUCCCCCGCAUGUCCUUGGCUUUGAUCCCCGUUGGAUGAUGAUGCCACCUUUCAUGGACCCCCGCGUCAGCCAAGGAAGAUCUCCCGUCGACUACUAUCCCAGUACGAUCCACUCCUCUGGAAUGAUGAAACCGCUGAUACAACAAGAUCGCCUGACCAGUCCCAGUUCCGACGAAGGUCAUCCCAACCUGCACCAAGAGCGAAGGACCCCUUCCACUGAGCCGUAUCCCGUUUGGAGCCAAGAUGGCUACCCCAUGCGCAGCUUCACUCCACCUUACCAAAGGCAGCAUGAAAACCAGGACAGCAGUCUGCUUGAUGACCGAAGCGACAGGGCCUCCUCACAGCAGGACAUUUAUGAGGAAAGGUCCAGCGAGGGCCUGACACACCCACAGGAUGACCUGCAACAUCACACUUUCCAGAGUCGAGCCUCGGACCGAGACCACCACGACCAGGGGCUGCUGACCGGCGCUCCGAUUCACACCCAGCAUCAUGCGGAUAACAAAUACCCAAAACAAGACUCCAAAGACCCCCAUCUGAAGGAUGGUGAUUCUCACGAUGAGAGCUUUGAUGGUUCGAAAGACAACUGGAAACGAGACGGAGGGUCCGAUUCCAGUAUCGGUGCCAGCCAGCCGUUAGAGACCACUGGCCGUACUUUGUUACGCAGAACCGGGCCAAUUAAGAAACCAGUUCUCAAGGCUCUGAAAGUUGAAGACAAGGAGAAUGAGAAGCCCAAACCUGAGCCAGAAGAAAAGGCUGUCCCCUACCGUCUGGAGAAGGAAGUCCUGACCAAUGUCUAUGACUUAAAGAAGGACAACCAGUCCGUCAGCAAUCGGUCCUCUGGGUCACCCGUGGUGGAGAAACAGCCUGAAGAAAGGCAGCGUCAGUCCCCGGGUCCUGCUAAAGUGGAGCGGCCUCCAGUAAUUCAUCAUAGUGAUGAUUCCCCAAGGGACAGCGUCUGGGACACCAACAAAUUCCAGCCGCCACGAGAUGUUUUGGAAAACGCGGAGCCUCAGGCACCACGUCGUAACAACUGGAUCUUCAUCGAUGAAGAACAGGCCUUUGGUGCGGUCAGGGGAUCCGGAAGAGGCCGCAGUCGAGGUUUUAGGGAUUUCAAUUCUCGGGGUGGAGGCCGCAGCGUCAGAGGCGGAGACAACGUCAGAAGCGGCUACAACAACGGUGUCGGUCACGCUCUGCGUGCAGGGAGAGGUCGAGCCCAACCCAGAGAGCUGAAGCUGGAAGAGUUCCAGAGAGGCAAGCCGCGAAGACGCAACGUGAGCGAGACACUAAGUGAAACCUCCGAGUAUGAGGAGCUGCCCAAGAGACGGCGACAGAAAGGCUCCGAAAAUGGGGAAGUCUACGCUGACUCUGCUGGAGAAACUCGCAAAGCCGAUCGCGAGUCUUGGCGAUCCAACAAGGUGUAUGCUGAAGACCAGGUCGCUGCCGAUGGCAAAGAAAAAGCCAAGGCGAGCAGAGGCUUUGGAGGUCGCAUGCUGCCUCCCAGACUGAAUACUGGAAACUAUACCAGAGGUUACGGAGGCUCCAGAGAGAUGUCCACGUGGAGGGGUCGUGGUCCUCAAUUUGGUAGCAGCGGUGGUUCCAUGCAAGAAAACGGUUAUGGUCCCGGCGCUGACACCGCUUUCUCCCGUAAACUCCCUGCUGAGCGCGAGUCUCUGAAGUACCCCACAAAAUUUACCGGCUCUUUCCUAGAAAACGGCUCAGAGGACCGUGAGGGGGAAUACUACUUUGACCCCGAUAACCCUGACAGGCAGGUGCUGAGGAGGCGACGCCCCCCGCGUCAAGACAAGCCCCCGCGCUUCCGUCGCCUGCAGCAAGAACGUGAGCCUGGUUCCAACCAGUGGACCAGUGACGAAUACAUCAAUGGAGACUUAACAAGCCCUUGGCCUGGUCGCCCCAAAGGCAGUGGGGAAGACAAGUGGCCCAACGGCCCCUACCCUGGAGGACGCAGUGGCCAGCUUGCUCAGACAGAGGAAUGGGACACGGGAUCGGACAACAGUGACUUCAGCGAUUGGAGGGGGAAGCGCGUGGCCGGCGGUGGCACGCCUACGCAGGGACACGCCGACGUUCUCUCGGACGCGUGCCACGGUGAAGCGGGCUCCAUUGAGAAGAGGGAGCUUUCCAAACGAAGCUUCUCCAGCCAGAGGCCGCUGAUUGAACGCCAGAACAGGAAAGGAGAGCCCUCAGUGCUGGAGACCAGUAAGAUGGCACGUGCACCUGAUAACCCGCAGUCUGCUCCCUCAAACAGGAAUGACGCCUGGCAGAAUGGAGGGACCUCUUGUAAGAGUAGGAACCCAGAUGAGUCGGGCCCUGCCUAUGGCACUGAUCAGUCAGAUGGGCGGGAGCUGAAUGAGUCCUCAGGAAAGAACUUUGACAAGUCAGGUCCCAUUAAACCCGAUAUCGUGGAGCCACUUUCCCAGUAUGAGCUCAGUGCCUACCCAAUUGAGGAAGAUGCCGGGGGACCGGUUUCUAAUCCAGACACUUACCAUGAUGCGUUGUCCAAAAAACAAAGACGUCCACAAGCUGACGAUAGGCGGAGGAAGGAUCAAGGAGUUGCCGUGCCAGUGAAGAACAGGUCGGUCGCAUCCAAGAUACCACCGCGUUUCGCCAAGAAGCAGGGAGCCAUGAGCAUCGAACAACCAGAAGAGACUCUUUCCUCCAGUAAUUUGGGUACAGAAAUCUGGGAGACCAACAGCUCUGCUCUUUCAGUACAGUCCUCAGGGGGAGACUCAUGGACAAAGCAGGUGUCUUACGCUGGCAGCGAGCCCAACUCUGAGGACUCCGACGCAGGCCCAGAGCAGAGCAAAGAGCAGCACAAACCGGGGCCCAUCGGGAACGAGCGCUCCCUAAAGCACCGCAAGGGCUCCGAGGCAGUGGAUCGCCUGGAAGGUGGCCCCAUCAACCCGGUCAACGGCGUGGACCUCCAUGUGGACGCCGUCCUCCCCGUGCCCCCCAUCGAGUUUGGCGUCAGCGCCAAGGACUCUGACUUUAGCCUGCCGCCAGGUUCCAGCCCGGUGCCCGUGUCAAACCCCGUCAACAAGCUUCAAGAUCCCCUCACCGCCAAUACUAUCCCCAUGCUCCGAUCCAACCACCUGCAACCCGGCAUAAACCUCAACCCGCUUUCCUUUCCAAGUACCGACCUCACCCUCAAGAUGGAGUCGGCGCGUAAGGCUUGGGAGAACUCGCAGUCCCUUCCUGAGCAGGGCUCUCCCAGCGGAGGGGCCUCGGGAGUGCCACCACCAUGCAGUGUGGGUUCGUCCAGCGGCGUCAGUUACGGCUCUUUUGGGGGGGUCUCCAUGCCUCCUAUGCCCGUGGCGUCUGUAGCACCGUCCAUGUCCUUGCAAGGUAGUCAUAUUCCCCCGUUGUAUUUGGAUGGUCACGUCUUCCCCAGUCAACCUCGCUUGGUUCCACCCACGAUGACUCAGCAGCAAACCUACCAACAAGCGGCAGCCCAGCAGAUCCCUAUCCCGUUGCACACGUCUCUUCAGGCUCAGGCUCAGUUGGGUCUUAGAGGAGGCCUGCCUGUCUCUCAGUCCCAGGAGAUGUUCAACUCUAUUCCCCCCUUCAGGUCGCAGGUGUAUAUGCACCCCAACCUGUCGCAGCCCAGCCCCAUGGUGCUGUCGGGUGGAGCUCCGCUAAAGGGGCCCUACUCGCCGUUCCCUGGCAUGCAGCCAUCAGACAUUGUCAAGUCCUCGUCGGGCUCGCACUAUCAGCCCAUGACCGGCAGCCAGCAGCUCGUCUAUGACAGCCAGCUGAACCAGGGGCCCAGCAUGGGAUCGUCACAGCUGAUGGACUCUCAACUUAUCCAGGUGACCAUGCCCUUGCCUGGAUCCCAGGUGCGCUACGGCUCCGCCCAGCAACACCUCAUCCUCCCUCAGUCCAUCCAGCUACAGCAAGGCCAGAAUCUCUCAGUGGGAGGGCCACGCCGAAUGAUGCCACCUGGCUCUCAACCGCCUGUCAUGCCGGGUAGCAGAGAGGGCUCCCAGAUGGAAAUGAAAGGUUUCCAAUUUUCAGAGAAGCCAAAUCAUUCACCAGGCAUGCCUGGAGGCUCCUACAGGCCUGGUUCCGCUAGCCCGAGUGGAAAACCUUCUGGCCCCGGAGGCCCAGUUGGACCAUUGCCCACCCAUCAUUAUCCACAACAGGUCUCACCUGCUCAGGGCGGCUUAGUGAUGCACAUGCGUCCCCCCACCAGCGGCCCCUUCCCCAGCCCCAUCCAGAGACCAGUCAUGCAGGUCAACAAACCGGUCAUCAUCCGCUCACCCCCUUACCCCAAUCCUGGCCGAGAUCUCUCCCACUCCACCCCUCCCUCGGCCCCCGAGCCCCCCAUCAAGGGGCCCGAGGAUGGCAUGAAGUGUAAACCCGUGCGAGAGGUGCGCAUAGCCGUGGGUGAGGGCCAGGUGCCAACGGGAGGGAUGACCAGCAAGCUCCAAGACUCCCUCACCUCCGCCGGGCACACCAAGCUGCCGCGCACGGGCGCCAUCAAACCCCAGGCGGUGAAAGUGGAAGAGGGCAAGGCAUAAGUCUUCAAUUGUGGACCUCAAACAAAAUAGAUUCAAAAGACAAAAGAAAAUGAAGAAAAGAAUGGUCAUCACCACCCAGCCUACGAACACACAAGCUUCUUGCACAAUGUCUGAGCCUUCCAACACAAGCACCAUCAACAAUUCCUCCCAUUGACCCAGACGCUUAUGACUUCACACCACAAUGUAAGACUUCGAGAUUUUUAUAUAUAUAUAUAUAUAUAUAUAUAUAUAUAUAUAUAUAUAUAUAUAUAGGAACUAUCUCGACACACUGUAUAUAUAAAUAUAUACAUAGAUACAGCCUUUUAAAAGCAGAUCUCCACACAGUCCUCUUUAUUUAUUUUUUUCCCCCCACCGCCACCUGUAAAUGCCUGCUUCAUUUGUGCGCACUGUUUUUUGCCAAACGGUAUGUAACUGCCGGGUAACGGACAGUCACUUGGACAUUUUUAAAACCAAUCCCAAUACAGUUGGGGCACUUUUCCUCCCCUUUGUUUGUUGAUAAUUAAGUUCCAAGCUCUUGUCAUCUGCAAUGGGGGUUUUCUAAUUACAGGAACAAGAAAAAGCAAAACAUUGCAUGUGGACAUCAAAUUGCCAUGAACCCGUGGCUACACGUGUAGAUUUAUAGACAUUAUUUCUUAAAAAAAAAAAAAGAAAAGAAAAAAAAGUUUCCUUUUACACUUGUGUCUCUGCUGUACAAAAUGGUGAGAUGUUUUUGUUUUGUUCCCCCCUUUCCCAAAAUUCAUGUUGCUUCCACGCUGAACUUGUGAACUCCAAUUGUCUCUGGGUGUUACAUAUGACACUUUUUUUAAAUCAUGGGUGGGCAAACUGUGGCACGUGGGUCCAUAAACAGCCCUCUGAUGGCAUUUGAUACUAAAUAUCCCAAAUACUGAAUAAUGAUAAAAAGGCCCCUUGAUGCACCCCGACCUACCCCCGAGAGCACCAUUUGUAGUUCCUCAGAAUGUCAUUUUAAGUCCUCAGUUUCUGGGGGAGGCCACUUUAAGUGUAUCGACUUACAUGAUGUUCGGAAGAAUUAAAAUGGCCUCCCAUGACUCUUUGAGGACUCAAAUUGACAGAACAUAGGCAAAAGGCUCCCUUUUGUUUUUCCAAGACUUUUCAGUCACCCGAUACGUUCAGCCAUCUUAUCUGUGUGGCACAAGCAGUAAACGCAGCAACCAUGGUCCAAUUCUAACUUAAUAUUUCCAUGACAACCGUUGAGAAAAGGUGAGAAUUGCUUGCACAUUGUACUACGAAGAUUUUUUUUCUGUUUUUGCUCUUUUGAAGAAAAAAAAUGUGAAAUAAUUUUUGUUCAUUUUUCUUGUUUUUAAUGGCCUCUCACAAAGUCAUAGCUGGUUAAUUCAGUGAGUCUGCUUUAACUGUACUGUACCCUUCCAUGACACUAAAAACCCCUUUAUCAUGGUGUGUGCGUGUGCGCAACAUAGAAUCCACAUUUCAUUUGGGAACAGGGAUUUCAAAGCAAGGGUGGGGAACCCACUGCCGGGCCAUUCAUGCAAUCCUGAAAACCAAAUCCUGUAAAAAAAAAAAAAAUUAAACCUCAAAACUUUUUUUUUCAUGAAUUUCAGAGUUGAAAAAAUAAAGGUUCUCCACCCCUGCUUUAGAUUCACACGGCAGACUUUACAUUACCUGACAGUUGUCCAACUUUUGGGAGUGUUUAUUUUUUGUUUUUCUUCCUGCAAAAAGUGCUCCGUGCUCGCUCGCACCAAAAAUGUUGCCCCAACUUUUUUUUUGUUUUUUUGGUUGUACUUUUAAAGAUUCAUAUUUAAUUUUUUUUCUUGUCAAAAGGACCAGUGCUUUCUACACAGCUGAUCCCAGUAUUCUAUUUAUCCUACCCGACGAUAUCUUUUAUCCUUUUCAGAUAGUUGUUCAUUAUGCGCCCUUGUUUAAGAAAAAAAAAAAAGCUUAUAGAAAGAAAAAGAAAUAAAGCAGUUGUGAUUUCCUAACAUGUA